GGAGGAGGAGGAGGAGGAGGAGGUGGCGCGGCUGGAGGUGCUGCCGACAGAGAAGCAGCAAUACGGGUAUCGGAGGGAGGGUAAAAGCCCAGAGGAGCCGUGGAAGAGCUGGGAAGGGAGAGCAAGGCAACAGCAGCAGCGGAGGCUCGCCUUCUGCUCCAGGCAGCAACAUCAGCCAGGCGCGCUGCCCGCUCCUCCUUCCGUGCCUGGGCUCCUCUGUCCGGGGGUCUCGGCGUGGCGGAGAGGGGCGGCGUGGGGCCAGGCACACGCUCCAGGACCCGCCCCCGCUGCUGCCACCCCCGCUGCCUGGAUGCCCGAGGCGCCUGGGGAGCCGGCGGCACUCCGCAGCUGGAGGAGGAGGAUUGCGAGGAGGGAGCGGCGCCCUGGCCAUGGCUUCCAACUUUAACGACAUCGUCAAGCAGGGCUACGUGAAAAUCCGCAGCAGGAAGCUGGGGAUUUUCAGAAGAUGUUGGCUAGUUUUCAAGAAAGCUUCUAGUAAAGGACCCAGAAGGCUAGAAAAAUUUCCAGAUGAGAAGGCAGCAUAUUUCAGAAAUUUUCACAAGGUAACUGAGCUGCACAACAUCAAAAACAUAACCAGACUGCCUCGAGAGACAAAGAAGCAUGCAGUGGCAAUUAUCUUUCAUGAUGAGACGUCAAAGACAUUUGCCUGUGAGUCAGAGCUUGAAGCAGAAGAAUGGUGCAAACAUCUUUGUAUAGAAUGUCUGGGUACCAGACUUAAUGACAUAAGCCUUGGGGAGCCUGAUCUACUUGCUGCAGGAGUUCAGAGAGAGCAAAAUGAGCGCUUCAAUGUAUACCUUAUGCCUACACCAAAUUUAGAUAUCUACGGGGAAUGUACAAUGCAGAUCACACAUGAAAACAUCUAUCUCUGGGAUAUCCACAACGCCAAGGUGAAACUUGUAAUGUGGCCUCUAAGUUCCCUGAGAAGAUAUGGCCGUGAUUCAACAUGGUUCACUUUUGAAUCUGGAAGGAUGUGUGACACAGGAGAAGGGCUAUUUACCUUUCAAACAAGGGAAGGCGAGAUGAUCUAUCAGAAGGUUCAUUCUGCAACAUUGGCAAUAGCUGAGCAACACGAAAGACUGAUGAUGGAGAUGGAACAAAAAGCACGGCUCCAGACCAGUUUGACUGAGCCAAUGACAUUACCCAAGUCAAUUUCACUUCCUCGCAGUGCAUACUGGCAUCACAUCACUCGGCAGAAUAGCGCAGGAGAAAUCUACAGUUUACAAGGUCAUAGCCUCAGCUCCACAAAGGUGACUCGUGCACAGACAUUUCCCAGCUACACCUCAGAGCAGGAUGAGGAGCAUGAGCCACACCUGUCACUGUCUAGCAGCUAUGGAUUCAGCUACAGUUCAGGACUCAUCCAAUGACACACACCUUGUGUCAGACCAGAGAGACAGUCUAGUGUGGAAGCUGUCUGCAGGCCCUGGAACACUGCUUGGUUUUUUUCCUAGGUGUCCAUGGAUGACAAUCUGUAGCGGAAAAUGAGGACAUAACGUCUCAAGCCUGGUGACAGUGAAGCUGAAAGCUUGGAUCGCUGCUUCCCUGAGGCAGAAUCUAAGUCUUUUAUUUAUUUAAACUUUAUAUUUGUUUUUGUCCAUGUGUUUGGGUUGAAUUUUGAUUUUGUUUAAAAGGAGAAGAAAUAAUCCUCUUUGAAAUCUUGAUGGUGUGCAGUUCAGGUUUCUGCAUGACUGCAAGACUACCUGCUCUGAAGAAGUUUACAUUUGCAGUGUGAGGUUUUUGCUAGCCAGUCAACCCUGUUGUCAAUGUUUGCUCAUCCACCAUGGCCACUUUUAUGUCCUAAGCAUCAGGAUAUCUGCUGGGUCAUUUUUACCCAAUGAACAAAAAUGUCAUACAAACACUUUAAAAGGAAUGAUGCAACCCACCCAACAAUUAUGCAGAAUCCUGUCCCAUUGUCCUCAAUGGGAUUUAUGCAUAAGUAACUUUAGGUCUGUAGCCUAAAGUUACAAUUCUGAGAAGGAGCCAGGGACUCUGAAUCAGAUUCUUAUAACUGCAACUAAUACACAAAAUUGAUAACUAGAUUCUAUCCAUGGAAUGGCAUCACGAUGCUUAGUAGCCUUUCAGAAAAUAGAAUGUGUUGUGUAUUAAGAGGCCAUUACCUAGAAUAUUUUCCACACAUAAUUUUUAUACCUAGAUUCUGCUCUUACCUAUGUAUGUUCCUAUCCUAAUUAUCCACAGCUUUCCACUGGGAACAGUGAUUAUAGAUGUCAGGGGAAGACUGUCAUAAAGCAUUGACAGGUUCUUCCCACUGUAGAUAUUUAAAUAGUGAAGUCUGAAUUUACAUUCAGUAUUCUCUUAACUCUGUAUACUGUGCAGGUGAGAACUGAAACCACAUCACUGGAGGCCAGCUCCAUGUCCCAUAGUUUUAUAGGGCAAGAUGCUUGACUAGUAUAAAGAUAGAUAUAAUUAAAUUCAGUUCUUAUUAAUGAAAUCUCGUAACUAACAACAUGUAUGUGCUCUCUUUUUUGUUUGGCAUUUUUGUUGUUGUUAUUCUCACUUCCUUCUCCUAUUGUCUAGUGCAUCUAUUCCCUGGACCUUAUGUACAUCCAUAGAUGAGUCAGGACGAAAUUUCACAGCUUCUUUGUAUUGUUGCCAUAUUGACUUUUUUUUAAUGGUCCCCUUACAGUGGACAACUGCAUGCAACUGGGUUGUGUGAUGCUAAUUUCUAAGUUAUAUUAAAUUUCUAUUGACCUGC